UAAAGAAAAAAGGCUAAUUCUUUGUUUUCCAUCCUAGGCUUUACACACAAAGGGACUGCCCUAAUUUCCGAGAUAACCAAUUGAAGUAAGAAAAAUGUCUCAAGCAGGGAUUCAGUGAUAAGCACUCUUCAAUGAUCUACUUUUCCACUGUUUGACAUUCUUUGUUGGAUUUGCUUAUCUUUUUGAAAAUUUGACAAUUAGAACUCACGGUUAACCUUAUCUUAAAUCAUUGGCGGUGCUGCAGACCGGUGCUAGUCUUCUAUUUCAGCUCGAAGGCAGAACUUGCCGACUGCAAUUAUGUGGCCAAACUUGCUGCUGAUGUGUCUGCUUCCUGGCUAUUUGGAAGGGGCUCGCAUCCUGGCAGUGUUCCCCUUACCAAGUCCGUCGCAUUACUUUUUCGCAUUACCCUAUCUUAAGAGUUUGGCCUCCCUGGGCCAUGAAAUAACCAGUGUAAGUCCGUAUCCACAAAGGGAGCCGUCUCAGAAUAUUCACGAUAUUCCAGUUCUGGAGGUUUUGGAAAACUUUAAUGAAAUACUUAGGAUUGCAUCUACGCCCAGGGGCACCUGGCAAAAAAGUGAUUUCAUUAACGAAUAUGUCCUGAAUCUUACAAAGACAGUGCUUAAUAAUGAGGGCGUGCGGUGCAAUAUUCUAGGCCCAGAGAAGCCUCAUUUCGAUCUUGUGGUAAUGGACCUUUGGCGAAUCGACGUUCUUAGUGGCCUGGCUGCCUAUUUUGAUGCCCCAAUCAUUGGAUUGGCUUCCUAUGGCACCGACUGGAAGAUUGACGAAUUGAUGGGCAACAUCUCACCGAUUUCGUACCUGCAAUCUCCCUCUCCUCGGUUUUACGAUUUGGGGGCUUAUGGACAGCGUUUGUCACAGUUUGUGGAACGAACUCUUUCUUAUAUCAACUAUAAAUGGCGACAUGUAAGAAAAGAGGAAGCUCUCUAUAGACAAUACUUCCCCAGUACCGCCAAGUGGAAAUCCUUGUCGGAGAUAUCCCGGAACUUUGCUUUGGUCCUUGUCAAUCACCACUUCACACUGGGUCCUCCGCGUCCCUAUGUUCCGAAUAUGAUCGAGGUGGGUGGUCUGCAUGUCAAUCCGGACCCAGAGGCUCUUCCCGCCGAACUGGACCACUUUAUCCAAGGCGCUGGUGAAUCGGGAGUGAUCUAUUUCUCACUUGGAACCAAUGUCAGAAGCAAAUCCCUAUCCGAGGAUCGCCGAAAAGUAUUACUCGAGACUUUUGCCAGCUUACCACAGCGAAUCCUUUGGAAAUUCGAGGACGAGCAGCUGCCAGGAAAACCAUCAAAUGUUUUCAUUAGUAAAUGGUUCUCGCAGCAGGCCAUCCUGGCCCACCCCAAUGUAAAACUCUUUAUAACCCACGGUGGGCUACUGAGCACCAUUGAGAGCAUUCAUCAUGGAAAGCCUAUGCUGGGUUUGCCCUGUCUCUUUGAUCAGUUUCGUAAUAUGGGUCAUGUCAAGCAAAUGGGUCUUGGUUUGGUUCUCAACAUAAAGGAAAUGACCAGUGAGGACUUUAAUUCGACCAUUAUACGGCUGCUGACGAAUAAGAGUUUCGAGGAAACCGCAAGGAUUACGGCUGCCAGAUAUCGGGAUCAACCAAUGAAGCCCCUGGAAAAAGCGAUCUGGUGGACCGAAUAUGUCCUGCGGCACAAGGGAGCUGCUCACAUGCAGGUGGCCGGCAAGGACUUGGAUUUCGUGAGAUACCACAGCCUGGAUGUCCUCGGCACCUUUUUGAUUGGCGCUUUAGGAUUCCUCGGAACUUUUACAUUUUUUAUCGUUAUGACCCUAAGGAAGUGUCCCUUACUAAAGAAGUAUAAGUAUGAGGCAAUCAAGAAGAUUCAGUAAAGUUCUUUUUGGUUACAAUGUUUA